GCGGCCACACUACCAGGAGACCAAACAAAAACAAACGCAAAUUAGUUAAUUAAUUUUAGCAGAUCUAAAUAUGGCUGUGUUACCACCAGAUCCUGUAUUCAGCCUGCGCUCCCCCGACAUGGGAGCCGUCAACUCUCUGUGUUUCCAGGAGAGCGACCGAUUGCUGGCGGGAACCAUCAAAGGCAGUGUUUUCCUCUGGGAUUUGCAAACCAACCGCUCCGCUCUGCACUUUGAGGUGGGCUCCGAUCCCAUAACCAGCCUGCACCACACCCCGGAUCGCCUGGUGACCCAGGAGAAGGGCGGCACCAUCACCAUGUUCUCCAUUGGCGGUAGUAGCUACGUUAAGGAGCGCAGUAUUCCCGGCAACCACCUAGGCUUUUGCCGAUCCGCCUUGCACACAAACACCAGCAAGACAAACGAGCAGCUGCUCUUCUAUCCCUGCGAGGAAUCAUCCAUCGGAGUGCUUCACGUUACGGAUGCAGCGGCCCCCACGCAAAUACUGGUCCCAGAUGAUCCCCAGCUGCCCAAACUGGGCAGCGUCACCUGCUUCAAGCCCUUCGAGUGCGCCUCGCAACUGUUCCUGCUUGCUGGCUACGAAUCGGGACACUUUCUCACCUGGGACAUUAGCUCGAGCGUUAUUUUGGAUGUGCUGGAAUUGGCCCAAGAUGCCACGUCUGUGGACUACGACCCUGUUACGAAUCGUGGCAUUGUAGGUGGUCCAACCGACCAGCUGAUUAGUUUCAGUUAUCAGCGCUCAUCGAUGCAAUUGCAGCGCGGUUCGGUGCUGUGCAUCAAGAAUCCCGGGGUGAAUGGCGUUCGCAUUCGCCCCGAUCAGAAGGUAUUCGCCAGUGCCGGCUGGGACGGUCGCAUUCGAAUCUUCUCGUGGAAAAGCCUGCGACCGCUGGCCGUGCUUACGCAGCACAAGAAUGGCGGCGUAAUGGACUUGGCCUUCUCCAGCCAACAGGUGGCCAUGUGGCGGGCUCCCAUCAUGGCAGCGGCUGGCAUGGACGGCCAGAUAUCGUUGUGGGACCUAUACAACUGAACUAUGACUUAGUCUUAAGUGUUACAGUGUCUGUUCCAGAUUACCUUGACUGCAACGGCUGAGCGAUCCUCUUGAAAUAGCUUUACUUUUUAAGUAUUUUUUAAUAACCUUUGGAUACUUGCUUCCGAUCAGUUAAUUUUUUUAAUUUGUUCAGAAUCUUUUUGAAGCCAAUUGAAGGGCUUGGCAACAUAUCUACAUGCCAGCUGCUAUUUUUUUGUUACUAAGGUAAACUUUGAAUAUAGAAUAUUUUUUGAAGUGUAUCUUAAUAAAGAUUAUAAAAAAUA